UCUAAACUUUGAAACCCAAAAAACCCAUUAACUACAUCUCUAAAAAACAAAAUUAAUUCUACCUUUUUCUCUCAUAAUAAAACUCUGUCUGAACCUCGAAAUCCACCAUCACCAUCCAUCCUCUGUUUCAAACUAUCAUUAUUUGAUCCCUAUUUUUGUUCAAACACAAUCAGUAGUUAUUUUUCUUCUUCUUGUUGUAACACUACAAGAAACCAGGACGAUUUGGCGUUCUAAUAAUCUUUUGUUUUGAAAAAAUGGAAGAACAUAACUAUCAUUUUCAGACAAAUUUGAGUCCCAAAAUCUCAGAAAUAAGAGCUUCUCUCUCUCAGAUCAUAUUAGCAGGCGGACCAAACACACUCGACUCAGUCUUCUCAUUCCUCGCUACUUCCUCCGCCACAACAUCCCUCGACACUCUCAAUCCUCCGCCGCCGCAGCUCGGCUCCUCCGUCUAUCUCCACCAGCGAGAUCUUAUCGAGAGCUUCCACCUCCAAAACAGAGCAAUCUCCACUCCUCCUCCUCUGUUUUCUUCAUCGUUCGAUCAUCAAUCUUCUCCCGCCGCAGCUUUCGCCGCGGCGUUAGCGGCUGGGAGGACGGCGAAAAAGAAGAAGCUUUACAGGGGAGUGAGGCAGAGACACUGGGGAAAAUGGGUCGCCGAGAUAAGACUGCCGCAAAACAGAAUGAGGGUUUGGUUAGGUACUUACGAGACGGCGGAAGCCGCCGCCUACGCUUACGAUCGCGCCGCCUAUAAGCUCCGCGGAGAAUACGCUCGUCUCAACUUCCCAAAUCUCAAGGACCCGAGCGAGCUGCUCGGACUCGGAGACUCCUCUAAGCUAACAGCUCUCAAAAACGCCGUCGACGGGAAGAUUCAAUCUAUUUGCCAGAGAGUCAGAAGAGAAAGAGCCAAAAAGAGCGGUAAAGGAAGCAAAGAUUCUUCAUCAUCCUCGCCGGGAAGUCUGUCUUCUCCGGCGGCAACUGCCACUGCGGCGGAUUCAGAGGAUAGCUACUGGAACAGCAAGAAUAGUUCUCCUGCGUCGGUUUCUAUCUCCGAUGAAAUGCCGGCGACCACAACGGCGGCGGCCGAGGAAGACAUGAUGAUGGAUACUGAAGGAUUUUUACUUGCGAGGAUGCCGUCGUUCGAUCCAGAGCUUAUUUGGGAAGUUCUCGCUAAUUAAUUCACAAAACCGUGAAUUUUGAUCAUAAUCAUAUGGAGAGUAAGAGAAGACUUGGGGAUCAAGAAAUAUGAUGAGAAGAUUAGGGUUUUAGGUGUGAAUUAGGGUUUAUUAAAGUAAACAGGAUCUUUUGUCAAAAUCGUUCGAAAGUUGUUUUAAGUAAUGGAUAUAUUAGGGUUUUUAAUUAAAAUUUAAGCCUCGUUGUUUUUGAGAGAGGUUGUGAAAGCUCCUUUUUUGAAUUUAUAUUAUAGAGAUCAUCCAAGGACUUUCUGAUUGUACUUUCAACUAUUAUUAUAUGUAACAGUUUUAUUGUAGCAAAAUCUUCUGGAGGUUUA